UCAUUUAAUAUUGGUUCAUCUCUAGUGUCUUGGCUGCACUUUGGGGCACAGGAGUCGCUUCAACCACUCUCACUGAGAAUAUUCACACUAUUGCUACAACUAAAAUGGGUAGUCGGAGAGCUAUUGAGCUCGGUGCUGUCAUUCUCAUUCUGUUAUCUUUUGUUGGGAAAAUAGGAGGAUUUAUAGCUUCUAUCCCAGAUGUCAUGGUGGCUGGUCUUCUUUGCUGUAUGUGGGCCAUGAUUGCUGCUCUGGGCUUGUCAAACCUGCGAUACAGCGAGACUGGAAGCUCCAGGAAUAAUAUCAUAAUUGGCCUCUCAUUGUUUCUCUCAUUAUCAGUACCUGCCUACUUCCAGCAAUAUGGACUUAUUCCAUCUUCAAAUUCAUCCGUUCCAAGUUACUUCCAACCAUAUGCUGUUGCAUCUCAUGGACCUAUUCAUACAAGUUCUCGAGGGGUGAACUAUGUUCUGAAUACUUUGUUUUCAUUUCACAUGGUGAUUGCAUUUAUUGUUGCAUUUAUUCUUGACAACACUGUUCCUGGGAGCCGUCAAGAACAUGGAGUAUAUGUUUGGUCUGAACCAGAGGCAGCAAAAAGGGAACCAGCCAUUACCAAAGACUACGGCUUGCCUUUCAGAAUCGGACGUAUGUUCACAUGGGUGAAAUGGGUUGGCUUAUAGCACAUUGCGGACGGAAAAGAUCCAUUACCAAAUUGACAGUUUUAACUUCAUUCUUCCUUCUGCCACUACUAGUCUACUAUUGGAUCUUGUUCUAGGUUUAGCGAUUUCACGAGUGAAUUUUAAAACAGCGGUUAGUCAAUG